CAGACGUGUUAUACAAUAAUAAUAAUAGUGAUAAUAAUAAAUGCCAACAAUAAAAAUAUUAUAAACAUGUUAAAUAAUGUUUUUUAUCUCAAUUUACGCUUGAUUAGAUGGCUGUUCAUUUAUUUAAAAAUGAGGAAUUCUCAUCUGUGUACAAUAAGUACAUGUUACCAGCCGCCAAUGAGGUCAUCAGUCUGAUUUUAUCAUAUAUGGAGGAGAAGAAAUGUAAAUCCUAUGAUAUGGCAGUUGAUAUUGGUUGCGGUACUGGGAGAUAUACAUUGCCUCUGGCUCCUCACUUCCAGAAGGUGCUAGGGGUAGACAUCAGUGAAUCUCAGCUUGAUGAGGCCAAAAGAUCUACUUCACUUGAAAAUGUGACUUACCAAGUUUCUUCAGCUGAAAACUUAACACUAGAAGAUGCAUCUGUAGAUCUUGUGACUGCUGGACUUGCUGUUCAUUGGUUUGAUGUGGACAAAUUUGUGCAUGAAGCAGUUCGGGUUCUGAAGCCCAAUGGCUGUCUUGCUGUGCAUGCUUUUUAUCCAAUCUAUACAAUAGACUACAAAGAUUACUCUGAGAUGCUAACAGCCAUUAUGAAAGAAAUGAUAGACACCACUUUCAAAUAUGCAGAUGGAAAUAAUGAACUUUUGCUAUCCCAGUAUAAAGACGUAUUCAAUGCUGUACCAUUACAAGAGAAACAGUGGGUCACUGAUAUACCUGUUGCGUUUGAAUUGUCAGUUGAAGGUGUGAUAGGGUUUAUCCAGUCUAUUUAUAUGUACCAGGAUUUCCUAAAGAAAGAUCAAGAUGAAGCCACAAGAUUCCUGCGAUAUAUAGAGCAGAGGUUUCGUGAGGUUCUGGGCGAAGAAUCAGAUUCAGCCAUCAUGAACGUCCAAGUCAAACAUUAUUGUGUCCUUGCUUGUAAAUCUUAAUGUCAAUUGGAGAAACCAAGGAAGUGUCUACACACCACAUCUGAGCUCAAUCUUGUUAAUCAAUGAUCCAUAUUGUUCAAAUAAAAAAUAUUUGUUUCAGGUGCAAGUUCAUUUAAAUGACAAGUAUAAAUCCCAUUUCCAUAGCAGAAGGAUAAAUGCAUAUGGCCAAGUUGAAUACCAAAUUGUUUUUCAGUUACAUUCUCUGUUCUGUAAGCUAAACCAUAAUGCAACAUCCCCUCCCUUUCUGUAAAUAUAAAUUUAAUAAAAAUUGUGUUUUCUACAGAAAAAGCAGUAAUAA